ACUUGGUGUACAUCAGUCAAGUCUAACCUUAAAAAUUGUAUUCAGUAUUUUAUAAAAAAGUAAGACGUAAAGACUCAGUAUUGAUAAACAACUAAUUAUUUAUUGAUCUUGAAAAUUUUAGCAAUACAAUAUUUUAUAUUAAUUUUAACAGCAGUAUAUUAUUAAUUAUUUCUUUUAACUUUGAUUUGUUUUACAAUACAUAAAUUGUGCUUUUUAUUGACAAAAGAAGAAAACGUUUGAAUAACUUCUCAACAAUCCUACUUACUAUUUUAUCAAAAUGAACGGAAGCAUAGAUAGUAUACUUGACAAUAUUGCUGGACCAUCAACUUCAAACGUGAACGGAGAAGCAGAAGAUCUUUCUUGUAACAAAACAUCAACAGUUAAAGAAGAGAAAACAGUUGAGAACAAUCCAGAAAAUACUACACCUAAAAAAGGAGCAGUUAUACCCAAUUCGAAUACAACAAAUAAAGCAAAAAAACGAAAAAAAAUUUUACGAGAUUCUAAAGCACCCAAGCAACCUCUUACAGGAUAUUUCAGAUUUUUAAAUGACCGCCGAGAAAAAGUUAGAACUGAAAAUCCUACAAUGCCAUUUUCGGAAAUAACUAAACAAUUAGCUGCUGAAUGGAAUGUACUACCUACAGAUCAAAAGCAGCAAUAUUUGGAUGCAGCAGAGCAAGAUAAGGAAAGAUAUAGCAAAGAAUUUGAAGAAUAUAAAAAGACUGAUGCUUACAAAGCAUUUGUUGAGAAACAAGCUGCUAAAAAAGAUAAGAAAGUAAAAAAAGAAAAAAACGAAGCUGAUAACUCUACUACAUCAGAAGCUCCACCUGCUACAAAUAAUGUGCCAAAUCAAAUAAAGAAUGAUGAUGGAACUGUAGAAAUUCCAAUAUUUACAGAAGAGUUUUUGGAGCAUAAUAAAACUUGUGAGGCAGAAUUACGACAGUUACGGAAAUCAACAACAGAUUAUGAAUCUCAAAAUGCUGUUUUACAACGGCAUGUUGACAGUUUACAUGCAGCUGUUACUCAGUUAGAAACUGAUACAAAUUAUUAUAAGACAUCAACUGCAACUCUACAACAAUAUCUAGAUAAACUUCGAGUGCAACUAGUCUCUUGUUUUUCAAAUAUGCCUCUAACAGAUGCGCAUGACGGAGCUACUUCUGAAAAUGUAGAUUCAUACAUAGAUAGACUGGACUACCUCAUAAGUAACAAUCACGUCGAGCCAGCAUUAAAAAAUGCUGUCCGAACUGCUAUUACGCGCGUCGAACUUAUUAAAUGACACUCGCUUACAAACACUUGUACAGUCCCAACAAAAAAUCAACGAUCUCGGCAGCGGAAGUAAGUUAGCUCAAUUAAAUAACUUGUCACUCGUUAGAAUAAGUAAUAAAAUAUUAAAUAUAAAAAAUUUUAUAGAAACAUUUAGUAUGACAUGUGAAUAUAUACAUAAUAAAUGCUAUAAUUG